CACACACACAAUCACUCACUAAAUACUAUAAAUUUACACAAUAAAAGGCUGCUCAGAAUUUCUCUCUCUUGAAUCCAGUGGUGAAUUACUCUGCUACUCAACCUCCACUGUCUGCACCCAUACCUCUUUCACACUGCUUCUUUAAUGUGCCGAAUUGUGGAUCCUAUGUUGAAGAAAUUGCUAGAUUUCAUGGUGCGCUAGAUGCUUGAAUGGAAAAUUAGAGCAGAGAUAAGUUCUGUGAUUUGAUGUUGAAGACAAGGCAGAAAUUGGAGAUGAGAACUUCUUCGCACAAUAACCUACCAUUUGUUAUGAGCCAGAGACCGCAGAUUAACUGGUUAAUGUUGUGUGUAAUCACCGUCUUUGGCUUGAUUGCCCUCUCCAGAUCUUAUUUGUAUGGUAAAUUUGAUUCUGCUACUGCCUCAGCGAGACCUAAUAUUUAUUCAAGUUAUAGAAGGUUGAGAGCACAAGCAGUGAAUAAUUAUUUGGAGUUGAGAAAUUUGGGAGCUAAUCGUGUGAAUGACUACGGUCCGUGUGGGAAGGAAAUGGAGAAUGGUGUUCCUUGCUACAAUGUAUCUGCCAAUUUGCUAGCUGGUUUCAAAGAUGGCGAGGAGUUUGAUCGUCAUUGUGAAGUAUUGAGAAACACGCAGCAUUGUCUGACUCGUUCGCCUAAGGAUUAUAAGAUCCCAUUGACCUGGCCUGGUGGUAGAGAUGUUAUAUGGAGCGGAAAUGUGAAGCUGAGCAAGGAUCAGUUCCUUUCGUCUGGAAGCAAGAUGAAAAGACUUAUGUUGCUAGAAGAGAACCAAAUUGCUUUUCAUUCAAAUGAUGGAAUGACUGCUGAUGAUGUCAGAGAUUAUUCUAACCAGAUUGCCAAGAUGAUAGGACUGGGGAGUGACAAUGAGUUUCAUCAAGCUGGUGUGCGCAAUGUUUUAGACAUUGGCUGUGGGUUUGGUAGCUUUGGUGCGCAUCUGCUUUCACUUAAAUUGAUGGCUGUUUGUAUGGCGGCAUAUGAAUCAACUGGAAGCCAAGUUCAGCUAGCUCUCGAGAGAGGUCUCCCAGCAAUUAUUGGCAACUUCUUCUCGAGACAGCUACCUUUUCCGUCUUUAUCAUAUGAUAUGGUUCACUGUGCCCAGUGUGGCAUUUUCUGGGAUGACAAAGAUGGCAUGUUUCUUAUUGAAGUUGACAGAGUACUUAAGCCUGGAGGCUACCUUGUUUUGACCUCGCCUCGGAGCAGAGGACGCAGAAGUUCUCCGGGCUCCAAAAGGGGAAGUGCUUCAAGUCCUUUUGAACAAUUCAUCAAAACGCUUUGUUGGAAUCUUUUGUCUGAGCAAGACGGGACUUUCAUCUGGCAGAAAACUACAGAUUCUCAUUGCUAUGCUUCCAUCAAGGAUCUUUUCCCUCUAUGUGAGAGAGAGGAUGGCCUAUCAUACUACAAACCACUUGUGAAAUGCAUAAGUGGAACCACCAGCAAACAUUGGACACCAAUUCAGAACAGAUCUUCUGCUUCUCUGGACUUUCAAAUCCAUGGAAUUCAUCCUCAAGAAUUUUCUCAAGAUCUGGAGUUCUGGAGAUCCUCUCUGAGAAACUACUGGCCAUUGCUAUCUCCUUUGAUCUUCUCAGACCACCCCAAGAGGCCCAGUGAUGAAGACCCGGUCCCGCCUCACAACAUGGUCCGGAAUGUGAUGGACAUGAACGCGAACUACGGAGGCUUGAACGCUGCCCUACUGGAAGGUGGGCACUCAGUGUGGGUGAUGAAUGUUGUUCCUAUGGGUGAAAGCAGCACCCUCCCUUUCAUUCUUGAUCAAGGCUUUGCAGGUGUUGUACAUAACUGGUGUGAACCUUUCCCUACAUAUUCUCGGACAUACGAUAUGCUUCAUGCAAAGGGUCUGUUAUCCCACCUGGCUUCAGAUAAGUGCAGCAUUACCGAUCUGAUCUUCGACAUGGAUCGAAUUCUCCGGCCUGAGGGGUGGGUUGUCAUUUCCGACAAGAUCGAUCUGAUAGAGAAGGCAAGAACUGUUGCUGCUCGUCUUCACUGGGAAGCAAGGGUUAUCGACGUAGAUAACGGGACCGACCAGCGCCUACUCCUCUGCCAAAAACCAUUCUUCACAAACUGACACAUUUUCGUACCAUUAAUAUUACUGAGGAGAAGAUGAUGCAAUUGAAAGGUCUUCUUCAACAGACUGAUUUGCUCUGUUCCUUCUUCGAUCUCUCGUGGCCAUCUUCUCCCCAUACCUAGCUAAUAUAUCAGCCAAAUCAAACAAGCCAACUUCCCUCAACUUCACAGCCAUAGCCUCAAACAUCGCUGCACCUUCCUCAUUAGAGAAGUAAUGCAAGAACUUGUUGUAAUCAAACCUCGGAACCUCAACACCUCUAUUAAUAGCUCUCUCCACAUACUUAGUCGCCUCCAAUGAUUUCCCUGCUUUGAUUAACCCCCCAACGAAGAUUGUAUCAAAGUUCACCAAUGGAUCCUCCCCUCUCCGCCCCCGCCUCCCCAAAUGCCCCUGCAGCAGCAUCACGUAGGUGUGCAUCGUGGGCUCACACCCCCGCCUCACCAUCUCCCUAAACACCUCUGUCGCCUCCCCCGCCUUCUUCAACUUCAACAGCCCCUUGAUCAUCCCAUGGUACACACACACAUCCCCAUUCUCCACACUUUGAUACACUCCAUAAGCCUCCCUCACUCUCCCCCUACUCAUAAGCCCAUACACUAUCCAUCCUAGUAUCUCAUUGUCUGGCUCAAUCCCCCUCGUCUUCAUCUCCUCAAAAACCACAUAACUCUCCCCCAUUUUCCCCUUCCUACACAGCCACUCAAUCACAAGGCGAUACGUCGACAGCCCCAAACUCUCCACCCUCCUCACCCUCAUCGAUUGAAAAAGCUUCAACCCUUCACCAAACUUAUUGCUCUUGAACAAACCCUCCAACAUCAACUCUACCACUUCAACACAAGGCUCCAAACCCUCCUCCACCAUCGAAUUCCACAGCUUCGACGCCUCAAUCAAAUCUCCCACGUCACAAAACCCAUGAAUCAACCACCUAUAGGUAUCCGAAUCCGGCCUAAUCCAAUCCCUCAACUUCACCACAACAUGCUUUGCCUCAUCAGCAAGCUUGUUCCUACACAAAACCUCGAUCACAGCGUUAAAGAUCUCGACUUUAUACUCAUACCCAAAACCAUUCAUCAAAUGGAAGAACUCGACGCAUUUCUUCAACUCCCUCGCGGCGGCUAAAGUGCGCAGCGCGAUUAUGUAGGUCUUGACAUUGACGAGGCGGCGCUCGCCGGCUUCUCUGCAGAGGGGCCAGAAGAGAUCGAGGUUUCUUGAUUUUCCGACGACGUCGAGGAUCUUGUUGAAGGUGGUGGCGGUGUGGGCGAAGUGCGGGUGGGAGGUGGAAAAUUGGUGGAAUUUGUAGACGGGCCGCCAUGAAUAUGGGAACUUGUUGCAGACUUGAAGAAAGAAUUCGUGGGUUAGAUGGAAUUGGGUUUUGUUGAGAUUGGUGUGCAGCUUUGCGUCGGGAGAAUUUUGCUGUUGGUAGAGGAUUGUGCAGACUCGAAGGAGGUGGGCUUCGUCGAUCUGGGUUCGAGUAUUUGGCGGCGCAACAGCGGCGGCGGCGGCGGCGGUGGUGGUGGUUAAGGACUGGAAGUGGAAGUGGAAGUGGAGGAGGGCUAGGGAAGGUCUGGUGAAUUUUGUAGGUCGAACUCGAAGCAUUGCUCUGAUUUGUUGAAGGAAUAUGGGAACGCAAUCUGCUAGUUUAAACUAGGUUUUAUAUUUAAAUAAUCGUUUUUUUAUAUGGGGACUUAUUUAACUUUGAUACCAAUCAUUUAACAUUUUAACUAUUUUGAUUAUAUUUUUUAGAUUAAAAUAUUAAUUUUAA